AUGAAGUAUGGUGUGAAGCACAAGGUUGCUACUCCAUACCAUCCACAAACAAAUGGACAAGUUGAAGUGUCAAACAGAGAAAUCAAGCAGAUUUUAGAGAAAGUAGCGAGUAGUUCAAGAAAAGACUGGUCAAAGAAACUAGAUGACUCUCUAUGGGCAUAUAGAACUGCCUUUAAAACCUCAAUUGGUAUGUCACCUUACCAAUUAGUUUUUGGAAAGACAUGUCACUUACCUUUGGAGUUGGAGCAUAAAGCUUAUUGGACUACUAAAUGGCUAAACUUUGAUUUACCCAGUGCUGGAAAGAAGAGAAUUCUGCAAUUACAUGAAUUAGAGGAGUUUAUCGACAUCAAGCCUAUGAGAAUGCAAAGUUGGAAACUUAGAUCAAGAUGGUCUGGACCUUUUAUGAUCAAAGAAAUAUCUCCCUUUGGAGCAAUUCUGAUUAAGGAUCAAAAGACAGGAAGAGAAUUCAAGGUCAAUGGCCAAUGA